GGGAGAGAAGAGAGAGAGAGGUCGCCCAUGGCGGAGCUCUGUGGACUACUGCAGGAUCUCGGCGAGCGCAUCGCCUGCAAGAACGUGGCUGCGUCGUCCUCCUCCACUCCGUCGUCUUCGUCGCAGUCCCAGCCCGACCUCGAUCCCUUGGAGACGAGGUUCCGAUCCGUUCUCCCGACCCUCCUCCGCUCCUACGUCUCCCCGUCUUCCCCAGGGAAGGAGAGAGAAAUAAUCGCCAUACUGAAGCUAUUGACGCACACGGCGCGGAACUACCCGGGCGUCUUCUACAACGGAAAACCGUCCCACACUCUUCCGAUUAUCGGUCGGAUCCUGCCGUUUUUCGCCGAGCCCGCUUUCAGUUGCCAUCACGGUGUAAUUUUUGAGACUGCUUCAUCUCUUUUGUCUCUUCUACGUUGUGGAGAUCGUGAAGUGUUUCGACAAUUUUUCUUAGACGCCAUAUUGGCAAUUGAAGAUUUGAAGUCUGUAGCAUCAUUUUAUGCUGAAAAAACUAGCUUCACAACUUCUUCCACUGUGUCAGUAAAAUGUUUCAGUGAGUCAUUUUCUGCCAUUUCUGGUGCUACGGAUCUUUUCUGUGACAUACCACCGUCUUGCAAACCUGCAGAUGGACCUGGUAUCCUAGUUAAUGUGACUGAUGAACCACGGUGGCAGCCUUUUGCUUCUUGUGUCAUCAAGAUAAUAACUAGAUGCUUAAUUGAUGGCACGCUUCAUGUUGAAGGACUUAUUGGGUCCUCCUUCAUGUUUAAUGCUUGUUCUCUUAUAUGUUAUGGGGAUGCUGCAUUGCAGAUGGCAUUAUUUGAAUUUGCACGUAUUGCAACGACAAUAUUGGAUGCAGAAAUCGUUCCUAGUGAAGAGCUUAUUCUCUCAAUUCUAUCCAUCUUAAGUCCGGCAGAGGCAACGUGGUCAAAAUUCAGAAAUCUUCAAUAUGAUUCAUGUGUUGGUGCAUGCCUCCUCUCUUUGUACUCUGGGUGCCCGACUGAGGUUGUUCAAUCUACAGCCGAAUAUUUGGUUGACGUUUUCCCUCAAGUACUGCAGCAUACAGAAAGCCAGGAUCUGAGGGUUGCAAUAUGCAAUGCAUACAUGUGUGUGGUUAAUGUGUGCCCUCCACAUAUCUGGAAGCCUGAAUGCCUUAUUACAUUAUUGUGCUCCCCAAAACCAUGCUUGCUAUUGGUUGAUUGCAUCGUGAAAGCUAUUGAUGUUCUUGGUAUUUGUGGCAUUGAAGGGGAAGCUCUUGAUGACGGACCUAGUUUCUCUGGGGAUUCGACUUGCAAAGAGUUGCAUAUUUCUUCAACAGGGAACAAGAGAAUGGUUCAAACUGCAGAAAGUUUAAAGAGGAAAAGGAGGAAAAUGCAUGUGGAAGCAAAUGCCACUGGUCAUAAUGUUAAUAAAGAACCACCCACUUCUUUGGUUGUGGUUGAAAAUUUCCUACAAAAUUCACUUCCUUUUAGAUGCAAACUUGAUGAAGAGUUAUAUGCUGACCAUUUCCAGCAUCUGCUUGUGGAUUUUGUAGAACUUCUGACACCUGGUGUUACCAUGUCUGAAUUUACAUCACCUCAAACUGCAUUAGCUGCUCUAAGCAUGCUGUCAAAUGUAUUUUGCAAUUAUCCAGUUACCAAUUUAUCCAUUCGCUUGUUCCAGCAAGUUCAUGCCUGGAUUCCCUUUAUCGCUGAGCAGGCAGCAAAAGAAAAUUUGAUCAAGUUUGAUCUGUCCCUCUAUCUUGAAGCAGUUGACAACAUAUUGAUUUUGCAAAAUUGUAUGAAAAAGCAGAACCCCAAGGAUUCAAAUGAUGGUCCUGGAGCUGGAAGACAUCUUGCCCUUGAAAACCUGUUCAACAAUAUGGAUAUGUCAUCAAUUCUUGUACUGCCGUGGACUCAUUCUUUUUCAGAUGGUCAAGUUCAUUUUAUUCAACGGACAAAAUGCCUCUCUGUUCAAAUUCUGUACAAGAUUGGCAACAAAAUGGGAACUGAUGAUAUUCUAAAGAUUCUGGAUAUGGCUCUUGGUGAUGAAUCUGAAGAUGUCAGAAUUGAAGCCAUCGUCUCUGUGCCGCUGAUGCUUUUCUUUUCUGGUCCAAGUGUGGUAGCAUACACAUCUGAGAAAAUGGAAAGUUUAGCCCAAGAUAAAUGUGAACAAGUUAAAGAAAUGGUUGUUCGUUGCAUUGGCUAUUUAUCCUGCCUAUUGGGCUGCUUUGAAGAUGUUAUUAAAAGCAACUGUAAAUUAUAUAUGGAAGUCGGCAAGAUGAAGUGUGUCAAUACUGCAGAGGUUAUCAUGAAAGGUUUUUGGUGUCCUACCUGUGACAAGGAAGCCAAGAAGCCAAAAGAGGAGGCUUCUAAAAAUACAGUCCUGUUUCAUGCUGCAAGAGAAAAGUCUGUCUUGGUUUUUGAUUUCAAUGGUUUGCAUGGCCUCAUUUUAAAGUUCCUCCUUGAUGGAUCAUCAGAGGUUGUCCAAGUUGCCUGUGUGGAGGUGUUGUCUCGUAUUCUCAUGCAUGUAUCUGAAGAUUGGCUGGUUAGUACAAGUUCUCAAUGGAUCCAUGCUAUUGAUCGUUUGCUUCUUCAUAACAAAAGGACAGUUCGCCAGUCAUUCUGCUCAAGUAUCCAUUGGUUCUUAGAUGGCCGUCUAUCAAAUAGUUUGUUUGUGGAUGGAGCUGCAUGUGGGAAGACAAGUGAACAAAUGUUUCUUGACAAAAUAAAGCAUGCUUUUGUAGCAACUGAAGAUCCUCUAAUUGUUGAGACUAUAUUGCAAUGUACAUCAAGGAUUUUGAGUGCGGUUGACAUCCAUGGACAGCUUUUCUUUUUUUCUCUUGUCCUGUUGAUUGAUCAACUUGAUAACCAGCAUAUUGCAGUGAGAGUGACUGCAUCCAGACUUAUUAAAAAGUCAUGCCAUGUACAGUUCAAAGGAGGAAUUGUUGCAAUCUUUUCCAAGUUCACUGAUAUCAGGGAUGGGGUUUUUGAAUAUCUAUGUACCAGACUAGUGACCCGUCCAACAAUGAUCAAAGAGUUUGCUGAGAGUGUUUUAGGUAUUGAACUUGUAGAUCUUAUUCAAAGAAUGGUGCCAAUUGUGCUCCCGAGGCUGGUAAUUUCUCAACAGGAUAACAAUGAAGUCGUUAAUAUUUUGCAUGAGCUUGCUAAUCAACUGAACACUGAGUUACCCCUGUUGCUUUUGGAGUGGUGCCACAAAGUGCUAGCUUACGUUCUUCUCCAAGCAGAUGGCAAGGAAUUGGUUUCUGCUCUGCAGUUUUAUGAAAUGCAAAGUGGAUCUGGGACAGGAGAAAUAUUUGCGGCUGUUUUACCUGCACUUCUUGAUGAACUUGUACGAUUUCUUGGAGAUACAGACUCUGCUGAAAGCAGUAGAAGGAUGGCGAGAGUUCCACAGAUGGUUCAAGAGGUUGCUCGUAUUGUUACUGGUUCCGAUGAUCUUCCAGGUUUUUUGCGUAAUCAUUUUGUUGGUCUCCUUAACAGCAUUGACCGAAAGAUGCUUCGUGUUGAGGACUUUAUGUUACAAAAACAAGCCUUGAAAUGUAUAGGGAAAUUAAUUGAAAUGAUUGGUACCCAUCUUGGUACUUAUGUACCCAAAAUUAUUGUGCUCCUCAUGCAUGCAGUAGAGAAGGAAUCACUUCAAAACGAGAGUCUUGAAGUGUGGCACUUUUUUAUUACUCAACUAUCAAAGGUGUCACCAUCAAGCCUUAAACAUGUUGCUUCUCAAGUUUUUGCUGCUCUUAUUCCUUGCCUUGAGAGGUACAAAGAAAAUCCUUCUUUACAUCUUGACAAGGUAGUCAACAUUUUUGAGGAACUAGUGGUUGAGAAUAAGAUACUGUUGGCACAUAAUAUUCGAGAACUUCCACUCUUGCCAAGCAUCCCUAUGCUUGCCAAGGUCAAUAAAGUUAUUGAAGAGGCCCGUGGUUCUAUGAGUUUGAGGGAUCACCUAAGACAUUCUGUUGAUGGUUUAAAUCAUGAAAGUUUGAACGUAAGGUAUAUGGUGGCCUGUGAAUUGAGUAAGUUCUUGAGUGCAAAAGGAAAGGAUGUUAUAGAUCUGAUAUUGGGUGAAUCUAGUGCUGAUUUGGACAUUCUGAGUUCAUUAAUUACCUCACUGCUAAAGGGAUGCGCAGAAGAAUCACGGACUCAUGUGGGCCAGCGACUGAAGUUGGUUUCUGCAGAUUGUCUUGGUGCGGUGGGUGCAGUAGAUCCUGCCAAAUUUAAAACGGCAUCCUGUCCACGUUUCAAGAUUGAAUGCUCUGAUGAUGAUCUUAUUUUUGAGUUGAUUCAUGAGCAUCUUACUAGGGUUUUCAGGGCUGCUUCUGACACUAUAGUUCAAGAUUCUGCUGCAUUGGCCAUUCAGGAACUCCUAAAGCUUGCUGGUUGUCAGGCAUCAUUAGAUGGGUCAGACAUAUCAUCAACUUCUCAGCAUUCAAAAGGUCGAGAGUCUCAGGAAAACUCACUUAAGGGAACUAGCAUAGCUAAUCAUGAAAUAAAUGAGAGAGGGAAGAGACUAUGGGCCCGGUUCUCUAAUUAUGUUAAAGAAAUAAUUGCACCAUGUUUAACUUCCAAAUUUCAGCUGCAGAGUGUGACAGAAUCAGUAGUGGCUGGUCCAAUCUAUCGACCUUCUAUGUCACUCAGAAGAUGGAUAUAUUCCUGGAUUAGGAAACUGAUGUUACAAGCAAAUGGUUCGAGAGCUAACAUUUUUAGUGCAUGCCGGGGAAUAGUGAGACAUGACAUGGAAACAGCUUUCUAUUUGCUCCCAUAUUUAGUGCUGAAUGCUCUAUGUCAUGGUACAGCAGAAGCAUGCCAAGGCAUCACAGAAGAGAUACUAUCUGUUCUCGAUGCUGCAGCAUCAGAGAGCAGUGGGGCAGCAGUUCAUGGAACUGCUGGAGGACAGCGUGAAGUAUGCAUUCAAGCCAUAUUCACAUUACUUGAUAAUCUUGGUCAGUGGGUGGAUGAUCUUAAACAAGAAAUUACGCUUUCACAGUCCACUAGGCAAUUGUCAAAGACAACCAGUCAUCAAAUGACUGAACCUGCACCUCAUAUUGGUCAACUAAAUAUACAAUUUAAUAACGUUUCAGAACUUUUGGUUGCCAUUCCAAAAGUAACACUCGCCAAAGCUUCAUUCCGUUGCCAGGCUUAUGCUCGGUCCUUGUUGUAUUUUGAAUCACAUGUCCGAGAAAAAUCUGGGUCCUUUAAUCCAGCUGCAGAAACUAGUGGCCUCUUUGCGGAUGAUGACAUCUCAUUUCUGAUGGAAAUAUAUAGUGGGUUAGAUGAACCUGAUGGUCUCUUUGGUUUGGCAAAUUUACGUAAAUCAUCAGGUUUAUAUGACCAACUUUUAAUUAAUGAAAAGAUAGGAAACUGGGCUGAAGCACUGACGUGCUGCGAGCAGGCACUGCAGACAGAACCCAACUCUGCUCCAAGGCAUUCCGGAGUUCUCAAUUGUCUGCUUAACAUGUGUCAUUUGCAAGCAAUGAUCACAUAUGUGGAUGGGUUGAUUUCCAGGUUACAUCAGCACAAGAAAACUUGGUUCAUGCAAGGUGUGCAAGCAGCCUGGAGGCUUGGGCGCUGGGAUUUGAUGGAUGAAUACCUUGCUGGUGCUGAUAAAGAAGGUGCAAUUUGUAGUGGUCCUGUGAGUAAUGCUUCUUUUGAUAUGGGCAUUGCAAAGAUUUUACAGGCAAUGAUGAGAAAGGAUCAAUACUUGGUUUGUGAGAGAAUUGCACAAUCUAAGCAAGCAUUGCUGGCUCCUCUAGCUGCAGCUGGAAUGGAGUCUUAUACACGUGCUUAUCCAUUUAUUGUAAAGCUUCAUAUGCUCAGGGAACUAGAGGAUUUUCACAAUCUCCUGAAUGGGGACUCAUUCUUGGAAAGGUCAUUUAGUCUUGACUGUCCUCAAUUUCUGAAACUUGUUAAAGAGUGGGAGGAUCGUUUACAUUAUACACAACCAUCUCUUUGGGCCAGAGAGCCUUUAUUAGCUUUACGCAGGAUGGUAUACAGUGUCAGCAAUCUUGGUGCUGAGGUUGGUAUCUGCUGGCUUCGAUAUGCAAAACUUUGUCGUAGUGCAGGUCACUAUGAAACUGCCAGUCGGGCAAUUUUGGAAGCACAAUCUUCAGGUGCUCCUAAUGUCCAUAUUGAGAAAUCAAAGCUUUUCUGGAGUACAAGGAAAACUGAUCGUGCAAUAGCUGAGCUCCAACAAGCACUUCUGAAUAUGCCCAUUGAGAUUCUGGGUGCUGCAGCAAGUUCAUCCAUUGCCAAUUUUUCACUUCUCCCACCAAACUUGCCUUCCAUAUCAUCUACUCAACCAUCAAAAGAAAGUGAAGAUGCUGCGAAAACAAUCCUGCUUUACACUAGAUGGAUUCAUUACACUGGCCAAAAGCAGAAAGAAGAUGUGAUAAGCCUUUAUUCCAGAGUGAGGGAACUCCAACCGAAAUGGGAGAAAGGAUAUUUUUUCAUGGCCAAGUAUUGUGAUGAUUUACUUGUUGAUGCUAAGAAAAGACAGGAGGAGAACCAAGAAGCACUCAAGGAUGGACAUUCUGGUUCAAGAAUCAUGGUUACAUCUUCUGGUGGUGGAAUUUUGCAUUCUCAAACUGAUGAGAAGCCAUGGUGGUCUUAUCUUCCUGAUGUCUUGUUGUUUUAUGCAAAAGGUCUUCACAGAGGUCAUAAGCAUCUUUUUCAGGCCUUGCCAAGGUUAUUAACACUCUGGUUCGAAUUUGGGAGCAAGUACCACAGAGAAGGUUUGUCUUCCAAUAAAGAAGUCAAGAAUGUUCAUGGCAGAGUUAUGAGCAUUAUGCGUGGGUGCCUUAAGGAUUUACCAACAUAUCAAUGGUUGACCACUCUCUCGCAGUUGGUGUCGAGAAUCUGUCACCAGAAUGAAGAAGUUGUGAGGUUGGUUAAGCAUAUCAUUACUACUGUUUUACAAGAAUAUCCACAACAGGCACUUUGGAUUAUGGCUGGUGUAUCAAAGUCCACAAUAUCUGCAAGGCGUGAAGCAGCUGCUGAGAUAUUACGAUCUGCCAGAAAGGGGUCUCGCCAUGGGAGCAACCAAGACAAAUUGUUUAUCGAAUUUGCCUGCCUGAUUGAUCACCUGAUCAAACUGUGCUUCCAUGGCGGACAUCCAAAAGCACGCAUGAUCAACAUUGGAUCUGACUUUGCUACAUUGAAGAGAAUGAUGCCAGUUGGUGUCAUCAUGCCUGUCCAACAAGCUCUUACUGUUAAUUUACCAGUUCAUGGUUUAAGUCGAAGUGAACUUCAUGGACGUGAUCUUUUCUCUGCUGAUCUUCCUACCAUAUCAGGCAUAGCAGACGAAGCAGAGAUUCUUUCGUCUCUCCAGAAACCAAAAAAGGUUAUCUUUCGUGGUAGCGAUGGUGCAGACUAUCCAUUCCUUUGUAAGCCAAAAGAUGAUCUUAGAAAGGAUGCACGUAUGAUGGAGUUCACAGCAAUGAUCAACCAUCUACUAUCCAAAUACCCAGAAAGCCGUAGGAGGAAGUUGUAUAUCCGCACUUUUGCUGUAAUCCCACUGACAGAGGAUUGUGGGAUGGUAGAAUGGGUACCUCAUACUCGUGGCCUUCGACAUAUCCUGCAAGACUUAUAUGUUGCCUGCGGGAAGUUUGACAGACAGAGGACAAACCCAAUGAUAAAAAAAAUAUAUGACCAGUUUCGGGGUAAGAUGCCAGGGGAUGAGAUGUUAAAGACAAAGAUUCUGCCUCUUUUCCCUCCAAUAUUCCACAAGUGGUUUCUGGUUACAUUCUCGGAACCAGGGGCAUGGUUCAGAGCCAGGAUAGCUUAUGCUCACACUGCUGCUGUCUGGUCCAUGGUUGGGCAUAUAGUCGGCUUGGGUGACAGGCAUGGUGAAAACAUUCUCUUUGAUUCCACAACGGGGGAUUGUGUGCAUGUUGAUUUUAGUUGUUUGUUUGACAAGGGCUUGUUACUGGAGAAGCCAGAGUUGGUACCAUUCAGGCUUACCCAGAAUAUGGUUGAUGGCUUGGGGAUUACUGGAUAUGAGGGGAUAUUCUUGAAGACUUGUGAGAUCACACUUUCAGUUCUCAGGUCACAUAGAGAGACUCUUAUGAGUGUGCUGGAGACAUUUAUUCAUGAUCCCCUGGUGGAAUGGACAAAAUCUCACAAGUCUAGUGGAGUAGAGGUUGAUAAUCCACAUGCACAGAAAGCAAUGAGCAACAUUGAAGGCCGCCUGCAAGGAGUGGUUGUUGGAGUUGGUGCAGCACCAUCAUUGCCUCUGGCUGUUGAGGGUCAAGCCCAGAGAUUGAUUGCUGAGGCAGUAUCCCAUAAGAACCUGGGAGAAAUGUACAUAUGGUGGAUGCCGUGGUUCUGAAUUUCAAUAUGAAAACAAAAUUAGAGGUUGCUGUUACAAAUUUAUGGUGAUUGUAUUGGCGAAGCAUGACAGCAGCACACGUGCACACGAGUAUGUUUAGCAUCAUACGACCAGGCAGUGGUCACUGCUUCCAGUGAGCUUUCUCUAUAUUUCUUGUCAUUGAUUCUUUUUAAAGAAUUUUUUUUCCCAACGUAGAGAGUCAAAGGUAGGUUUGGUACCAUGUCAUCUAUUUGAACAGAGCAGUUCAACGGUCAAAGUUUUGACUUCUAAAGAUGCCAAGGGCUGCUGUCUAUGUAAGGGUUGGUGGUUGAUGGUAUAGUUUCACCUUCAUAGUUUGCAAUGAAAAAUGUGCUGCGGUGUCUACUUGAUGUACUGAUGGUUGGUGGCAUACUUAAAUUUUUCCAAGGCCAAAGAAGGGCCCAUCGUUGAUGAUAGUUCAGUAGGCUUCUUCAGUAGGUAAAAUCUUUUGGGUCCUUUUUAUCAUGUAUAUGAAAUAUUACUUGUAAAUCAAGGUAAAGCGUGCAAAUUAUAUUUUUCCAAGGCCAAAGAGGGGCCCAUCGUUGAUGAUAGUUCAGUAGGCUUCUUCAGUAGAUAAAAUCUUUUGGGUCCUUGUUAUCAUGUAUAUGAAAUAAUGAAUUUGGAGAGCUUCUAUUAUCUGAUUGAGCGGUAGGAACUAGGAAGGUUUUGAAGGGCUCAGAAAUUGAAGUCAUUUA